AGGAUAGGGGGGCAGAAGACGAUGCGAAGUCACCAAGCCUAACAGAGAAAGAUCGCUGCUCUUAGUACUUCAUUACUAGCCUAACUACUGGACGUUCACCCAACUGUUCGCCUCCUCGGUUGUUAAUAAUACGAGUAGGCUGCCCAGCGUUACACUGAUAAGUAUAAACUAGCGAGGUAACUAUAUCGCGCCAUUAUCGCCUGGUGCAAUUAAAGUAUGUGUUUAAACAUGGUGUUCCCCUGCAGAUGGUAUGCUUGUGUCCCAUUGCUUUGCAGGCUGCUGUGGUUACGUUGAUGUCAUUCCCACCCGCCAGUUUGUUGCCAGCCACUAGAGUCAGACUGUGUCGAGCAGCACAGGUAGCUCGUGGCCGAUGCCACAGGCUCGACCUGCCGAGAAAAGGGGACUGCCAACCUCAGAAAGAUCUGCCAAGUUGGCCUCAACAACAGCCUUACCGUGUUCUCUUGUGCAUGUAGACUCACUGGCUGUAAAUUAGUGUCAUGUCGGAUUUAAAUAAAGAGGUGGUGGAUCUGGUUUGGGGGAGACCCUCUCGUGGAGUUGUGUCAGCCUCCAUCUUCCGUCGAUGGACCCAAGGAUUUUCUUUUUGUGAGAAUGAGCAAACUGCACUGGAGCAGUUCGAAGGAGGUCCGUGUGCUGUCCUUGCACCUGUCCAGGCUUUCCUCCUAAAGAACAUUCUCUUCAACAGAGAAAGUUCCAACUGGAGAAAGAUGACAGAGGAGGAGCAGAAAGCAGCACUGUGUUCCACGCUGAGUGAAAUCCUUGAGUCUGCUUGCUCCAGCCCCUCCAAUGGUUUCUGUCUGGUGACUUGGGCCAAAGGACAAAGCCCACACACUAGCACACACACUAACACACAGUCGCAAACACAAAAGUGGGACUUGCCGGUGCCAGAGAGCAGCCAGCCGCCACAGGAACAGCAACAGCAACCCACUCCUGAGGACCUUGGUUUUGAGCGAUUUCACAGUGCUCUCCAUAAGCGGACCGUAAUGUCAGUGUCUAGUCUCAGAGAGGAGGUGUUGUCCCUCUACCACACCUGGAGGGGGUGCUGUGGAGUCUUGCUAUUCCUCUACUCUGUCAUUUUAACCAAGGGAAUAGAGAAUAUAAGAAAUGAGAUCCAGGACACAAUGGAGCCUCUCAUAGACAGCGUGCAUGGCCAUGGCAGUCAGAGCUUUGUGAACCUGCUUGUAACUGGCCAUGCUGUUUCUAAUGUCUGGGACGGAGACAGAGAAUGCUCUGGCAUGAAACUGCAUGGUAUUUAUAAACAGGUAUCAGUUGGCUUCCUGACGCUGAUGGAAUCUCUCCGCUACUGCAAGGUCGGGACAUUCCUCAAGUCUCCAAAGUUCCCUAUUUGGAUUCUUGGCAGUGAAACUCACCUCUCUGUGUUUUUUGCCAAGGAGAUGUCCCUGGUAUGUCCAGAGUCUCCAUCAGAACAGGCAAGGAGGGUCUUCCAGUCCUUUGAUCCUGAAGAUAAUGGCUUCAUCCCAGAUUCUCUGCUGGAGGACGUGAUGAAAGCCCUUGACCUUGUCUCCGAGCCUGAAUAUGUCAGUCUGGUGAAGAGUAAACUGGAUCCAGAGAGUUUGGGAAUUAUUCUUCUGGGCCCGUUCCUGUUGGAGUUUUUCCCCGAUCAGGAUUCAGGAAUCCCCGACUCAUUCCCCGUCUACCACUACAAUGGACUGAAACAGUCCAACCACAACGAUCGGGUGGAAUAUGUGGAAGGGACGGCUUUGGUGCUGGGUUUUGAGGACCCCAUGGUUCGGACAGACGACACUCCAGUCAAGCGCUGCCUCCAGACCAGGUGGCCCUACAUCGAGCUUCUGUGGACCACCGACCGCUCCCCGUCACUGAACUAGCACCAACACAGUCUGUGGACGUGGAUGGACCGCUAGUGCUUACACACACACACACACACAGCCCUCUCCGACUUCCCCUCUGCACACUGACCCUUUUGACUGACCCACAUCUACAAUACAGAUGAAUGAGACUGAGGAGAAACACAAACUUCCACAAGAAGCUGACACAAACACGUUGAUGGACUUGACGUACUUGCCUGAGAUCCAUUCUUCCAUCGUCACUCACACAUUCCGCAAGUGUCCAAACACACCUGUACAGUUCAUGCUAUUGUCUGUUCACCAUGGCUUAGAUUUGACACACAGGAUAUCGAUGAUGUAAUUAUUUAAAAGAGAAAUGAAUGACUGUUUAUUUGUACAGCUCUGCCCUGUCCUCUGACCCCUGCUCGAGUUAAGCAGUAGACGGCUAGAAACUGUUUGGAGAGCAAACUGGUUUGGUUCAGCGACUUGAGUGUGUCACACACACUCUGAACCACAUGUAAAGCCAGUCGACUGUGACGCACUACUGUUGGUGCAGCUACAGGACUGUGAGGGAAAACCUACCAACGCCUUCCACACUUGAGAACACACACUGUCACACUCACAGAGAAGUGUUUAAGGGACCAACCCAGAUGCAGAGAACAAAAGGUUUCUCCCUUGUUUUCACUGAGAUGGUGCGUGUGUGUGCGUGUGUGUGUGCACAUGUGUGCGUGUCUUUCAGUGACACUAGGAUGUUGGCCAAGUGUCCAUGUAUUUAUUAUCACACUGAAAGGUUUGGGAAUAAACACUUCUUUUUGUUCAA